AUGAAGAUCUUUUAUUAUCUCCUUCAUUUUCUGUGUUAUGUGACCUUCAUUCUACCAGCCACAUGUACCUUGGUGGAUCCUGAUCGAUGCUCAAAAUUGUAUGGUCAUUGUAGGAAACGCUGUCUUAAAAGUGAAAAGCAUAUUGAUAUAUGUUUCUCACCAAGUAAGAUUUGCUGCGUUGCAAGGAUGUUUGAAGACGAUUUCUCUUGAAAAGGAAGAUGCACCUCUGACCAAAGAAGUCAUGUGUGCACCAGUGUAGAGAGGUGUAGGAUGCAAUUAGAACCUCCCUAAUAAAAAAUUACAUACGCUGAAUAUCAGUAUCUUCCUUUGUAGAUAUU